AUGCCGCCUAAAAAGACAAAGACCAAAUCGAAAAGCACCAAAGGCCCAGCCAGCGGCACCUUACUCCCUCGACCUCCGCCUAAAUCCAAGGUGAAGCAGUCCUCCAAGAUGAAACCCAAAACAGAGCCCAAAGCGAAACCCAAAUCAAAGUCGAGCAAGUCGACGGCGAGCACCGGCUCGAUGAAGAAGAAGAAGCAGGGCAAGGAAAAGGAGAUCACUCGCUACUACAAACUGCCGUGCGACAACAUGAAAACAAAGGAGGACGUCGUGAAGGCAUUCGGGUACACCAUCGAGAAGCAGCUGGACAAGGGCGGCUUCGGCACCAUCUUCAUCGCCAGCGACAAUCGGAAAGGCGUGAAGGUGGCCGUCAAGUGGAUGGACCUGGGCAUCGCAGACAAUGACCCGCGCAUGCUGGACACCCGCAAUGAGCUGACGAUCCUCGAGCAGGUCCGCCACCCGUACGUCAUUCGGCUGCACUGUCACUUUAUCGUGCAGAUUGACGGCAAGAACAACAUGUACAUCUUCAUGGAGCUGGCCGACGGGGGCAACCUGUACAAGUACAUCCAAAAAACGGGCGUCCCCGAUGAGGCCCUGGGGAAGAAGUACUUUGCGCAGAUUCUCUGCGGCAUCAAUCACAUGCACGGCUACAACAUUGCCCACCGAGAUCUGCAGAACGUGCUGCUGGUGGCGAACGACCGCUCCAUCAGCGGCGACUACCUCCUCCGGGUGACCGACUUUGGCCUGAGCACCACCGUGAAGAAGGAGCCGGCGAGCGGGGCGAUAGUGCUGAGCAAGACCGUCUGCGGCACGCCCCUCUUCAUGGCGCCGGAGCUGUACGAGAAGAAGAAGUACGACGCCUUCCAGGUCGACGUCUGGGCGCUGGGCGUGGCCCUCUACCUCCUCAUGACGCUCGAGUCGCCCUUUGACUUCAAGCGGCCGCCGGCGGAGCUGCUGGCCGCCAUGAAGGGCAGGAAGUACGAGUGGCCGCUGGAGAAGAUGAAGGAGGGGGCGGUGUCCCCGGGGCUGACCGACAUCACCGCCGCCAUGCUGACGCCCGAUCCGGCGGCGAGGAAGCGCCUCAUUCAGCUGAUCAACCACGAGUGGGUGGCGGCGGAGUACGCCGCGGCGCACGACCUCUCCGACACACUCAAGGCGGAGGAGCUGGCCGGCGUCAGCAGCUCAAAGUCAAAGGGCUAA